AUGUGUUGGAAAGGAAGUGUAAUUGCAAAGAACAUCAUUCGUGGGACACCGGAGCACGGAUAUGCUUGCUUGCCGACUUUUCCCCAUAUGGAGUUAUUGAAUUCCGGGUCUUCUUACUUUAUCAUGGUAAACCGGAUGGAUGGAUUGUUCGUUUACUACUUUUUAGCAUUCGAAGUUUGCAUACGGGGAUAUGCCCACAUGAUAAAGGUAAUUGCCGUCGAUGGCACACAUUUGUAUGGAAAUUAUGGGGGCGUUCUGUUGAGUGCCAUUGGACAGGACACUGAAAAUCAUAUCUUUCCAAUUACCUUUUGUGUCAUUGAUAAAGAGAACGAUGCUUCUUGGACCUUCUUCUUCCAGAAACUGAAGUCUAUCGUAGAAGAUGAACCAGAUCUAUGUGUCAUCUCUGAUAGGCACAUUAGCAUCGCCAAUUCCUUCUCCCAUGUAUACAGUUGUGCACAUCACGGACUUUGCAUGAGGCACCUCGCUGAAAAUCUUUGCAGUAAGUGCCUCGAGGUAGCACAUGUCUUUGAAAAUGUUUUUGGUUUUGAAAAAUGGAGUAGAGCACACUUUUCGGGCAAUAGGUACAACGUGAUAACCACAAACAUUGUCGAGUCGCUCAAAUCGAUUUUGAUGGAUGAACGGGUGUACCCCAUGUCGUACAUAUUCAAUUCAAUUGAUAGAAAAUUUGGUGAAAAAUUUAGGGAGCGGCAUGCCUUUGUCGAUAGUAAAGAGAACAUAUUUGUGACUUAUGCGAAAAGUAUCCUAAGGGAUAAUAAGAGCGCGAGCGAUUUAUUGUAUGUAAGUAAUCCAAACAGGGUUCUCGACCAGUAUACGGUGUUCAGCAACGGCGUCACUUCCAAAGUCAAUCUCUUGAAGAUGAGUUAUUCUUGUCGAAAAUUUGACUUGGUGAAAAUACCGUGCGAACAUGCAAUGGAAGCUUUGCGAGCAAAGUAUGGCGAUGGUGAAGGUUAUUUAACACCAUAUACAACUACUCUUUGCCAAUUUAUAAAGAUGAAAGUUACCUCCCCGCAUACUCGAAAGUAA